ACAGUGUAGAAAGGUGACACCUUCUGUCACUUUCAAUGUCAAAUUCUUCCGUCAGCUGCUAGGUGGAAUUUCGCCAGUAGUAGUUCUGUUUUGAAAGGAAAGUUUCCCAUCGAUUUUUGGGAAAAAUAUCCUGUCGGAAACAUCGAUCGGCUGGCUGCAGGAUCUAUGCAGAACUGUGCUCGUACCACCUACCGGCUGUUGUCAACCAUGUACAAAAACUCUGGAACCAAUCUGGCCUCACUUAGUGCCGCGGAUAUCAAAGAGUGGCUUAACUCCUUCGAUACGGUAUUGACCGAUUGUGAUGGCGUUAUCUGGGUUGACAACGAGACGCUUCCGCACGCAACUGAUGUUAUCAAUAAGUUCAUCGACAAUGGCAAGAAGCUCUUUUUUGUGACGAACAAUUCGACGAAAACUCGGCCCGAGUUUGUGGCCAAGUCAGUGAAGCUGGGUUUCAACGUUGAUGUGGACAACAUAAUCUCCACUGCCUACCUAGCUGCCCAAUACCUGAAGAACAUCGGGUUUAGUAAAAAGGUCUACGUGGUCGGUUCCACCGGAAUCACCCGGGAGCUGGAUGCCGUCGGUAUCCAACACAUCGGCAUCGGCCCGGAUGUCCUCAACGGCAGCCUGGCCGAUGCCGUUCACAACUUCACCCCGGAUCCGGAAGUUGGAGCCGUAAUCGUCGGAUUCGAUGAGCAUUUCAACUUCGUCAAGAUGAUGAAGGCAGCAUCCUACCUGGACAAGCCAGGCGUACUCUUCAUCGGAACCAACACGGACGAGCGGUUCCCGUUGCCGGAUUGUGUGAUUCCCGGAACCGGGAGCAUAGUCAACGCGGUGACGACCUGUGCCGAGCGGAAGCCAACCGUCGUGGGAAAGCCGAACAAGCAUAUUUGUGAUAUUCUGGAGAAGGAGUACAAGGUGGAUCCGAGUCGGACGUUGAUGAUCGGCGACCGGUUGAACACGGACAUCCUGUUGGGGAUAAACUGUGGAUUUCAGACACUGCUGGUGGAGACUGGAAUCCAUAAGGCGGCGGAUUUUUCGCAGACGGAAGAUGCCGAACUAAAGCAGUGUGUACCGGAUGUGUACACCAGCAAGCUAGGAGAUCUGCUUCCGUAUCUGUGAGCGCGUUGAACGAUCAAAUCGUUCAACGUUGAAUCUUUUUAGUAUG